CCUGUGGUCAGAAACAAGUUCAUUAACUUUCUCUUUGAAGUGUUUUCGUCCCUGUUUCCUAGCGUUCUGGGAAUUUUACACAUGCUUCCUAUAAAACCAAGUAUCAGGUGAGAUCCUUAGGAUCAGGACCAUGAAUCAAGUGGUGUGAGGGCAACACAGCAAACUUACCCUUUUUAGGCCGUUUCCUUUUUCUGCCCUCAAUCUCUGUGAACUGAACCUUGUUAAAGUCAGUCAACACCAGGGUGGAUGGUUUGCCGUUGUCACCUAUUUUCAGGACAUAACACCCUGACUUAGGAGCCAUUCCAAUCAUUUGUAAUUCAAUAGAUGCGCCCAGCAUUCAGAUUGCCUUUUCUCUCAACCAGGAUCUUUAAAGUCGAUGACAAGAGUUCCAGUCCUGAAUCAUGGCAGAGUGCAGUAGUGAACUGCGGGGUUAAUGACACCAUAUUCUGGAAGGACCUCUCUAUGGCUGAUGGUCUCAGUUCCGGCAUCAGCCUCUGACUGAGAAUCAGGUCUCACACAGGAGGAGUCAGAUGAGGAGCAAUCCUCUGCUUCCGAUGGAGUUAGUUGUGAUGAAUUGGUGAGGUCUGGUUUUUCACACUGAACUAAAAUGAGCUUUCGCUGUGUCAAGCACAAGACUGACCCCAGAAACACACAUAGUGCACCUCAUAGAAGCUUUUAAUAGUCUUUAUAUUUACUAAAGAAUAGGACUAACCAUGGAACUAUGAAGAUGAGCUGGAAAUGACAGGUGACUUGCCAGCAGGCCAGAGUGUGACUUUUUUUUUGUCCCUCAGUGGGAGGUGUCCAUUCUCCCUUCAGUUGUGAGAAUCAGUUGGUUCAUUUGUGGAAAGGUUGCAGGGGGGAUCUUUGAAUCACAGCCUUCAGAUGCCAGAAGGGCAGAGGGAAUCCCACACGGGCUGGUGGAUCAUGUGUGUGCAUUUCUCUCCCUUCUAAUCUGAGGAAACUAAGCAUGAAGGAAUGUGAGCAUGCAGAAAAGGAGAGGUAGGUAUCAGAGGCAGAGGAAAAUGGGAAAUUGGAUAUGAAAGAAAUACACACCUACAAAUCCCCCCUUCUGCAAGAAAGCCUCUUUGCAACUGGGUCAGAAUGGCGGCAGCGGAGCAUCGUCAUUCUUCAGGAUUGCCCCACUGGCCCUACCUCACAGUUGAAACUUUAAAAAACAGGAUGGGCCACCAGCCACCUCCUCCAACUCAACAACAUUCUAUAACUGAUAACUCCCUGAGCCUCAAGACACCUUCCGAGUGUCCGCUCACUCCUCUUCCACCCUCACCUCCACCCUCAGCUCCACCCUCAGCGGAUGAUAAUCUCAAGACACCUCCCUUAGCUACUCAGGAGGCUGAGGCAGAAAAAACACCCAAACCCGAGAGGCGGAGGGCCGCUGACGUGCAACCAACACCCGAGAGGCCUAGGGCCGCUGACGUGCAACCAUCACCACCCGAACCCGACAGGCCGAGGGUCGCUGACGUGGAACCACCACCGAAACCCGAGAGGCAGAGGGCCGCUGACGUGCAACCAUCACCGAAACCCGAGAGGCGGAGGGCCGCUGACGUGCAACCAUCACCGAAACCCGAGAGGCCGAGGGCCGCUGACAUGGAACCAUCAUCACCCGAACCCGAGAGGCCGAGGGUCGGUGACGUGGAACCACCACCGAAACCCGAGAGGCCAAGGGCCGCUGACGUGCAACCAUCGCCGAAACCCGAGAGGCCGAGGGCCACUGACAUGGAACCAUCAUCACCCGAACCCGAGAGGCCGAGGGUCGGUGACGUGGAACCACCACCGAAACCCGAGAGGCAGAGGGCCGCUGAUGUGCAACCAUCACCAAAACCCGAGAGGCCGAGGGCCGCUGACGUGCAACCAACACCGAAACCCGAGAGGCCGAGGGCCGCUGACGUGCAACCAUCGCCGAAACCCGAGAGGCCAAGGGCCGCUGACGUGCAACCAUCGCCGAAACCCGAGAGGCCGAGGGCCACUGACAUGGAACCAUCAUCACCCGAACCCGAGAGGCCGAGGGUCGGUGACGUGGAACCACCACCGAAACCCGAGAGGCAGAGGGCCGCUGACGUGCAACCAUCACCAAAACCCGAGAGGCCGAGGGCCGCUGACGUGCAACCAACACCGAAACCCGAGAGGCCGAGGGCCGCUGACGUGCAACCAUCGCCGAAACCCGAGAGGCCAAGGGCCGCUGACGUGCAACCAUCGCCGAAACCCGAGAGGCCGAGGGCCACUGACGUGGAACCAUCAUCACCCGAACCCGACAGGCCGAGGGUCACUGACGUGGAACCACCACCGAAACCCGAGAGGCAGAGGGCCGCUGACGUGCAACCAUCACCGAAACCCGAGAGGCCGAGGGCCGCUGACAUGGAACCAUCAUCACCCGAACCCGAGAGGCCGAGGGUCGGUGACGUGGAACCACCACCGAAACCCGAGAGGCGGAGGGCCGCUGACGUGCAACCAUCACCAAAACCCGAGAGGCCGAGGGCCGCUGACGUGCAACCAACACCGAAACCCGAGAGGCCGAGGGCCGCUGACAUGGAACCAUCAUCACCCGAACCCGAGAGGCCGAGGGCCGCUGACGUGCAACCAUCGCCGAAACCCGAGAGGCCUAGGGCCGCUGACGUGCAACCAUCACCGAAACCCGAGAGGCGGAGGGCCGCUGAUGUGCAACCAACACCGAAACCCGAGAGGCCGAGGGCCGCUGACGUGGAACCACCACCGAAACCCGAGAGGCCGAGGGUCGCUGACGUGGAACCACCACCGAAACCCGAGAGGCCGAGGGCCGCUGACGUGCAACCAACACCGAAACCCGAGAGGCCGAGGGCCGCUGACGUGGAACCACCACCGAAACCCGAGAGGCCGAGGGCCGCUGACGUGCAACCAUCACCGAAACCCGAGAGGCCGAGGGCCGCUGACGUGCAACCAUCACCGAAACCCGAGAGGCCGAGGGCCGCUGACAUGGAACCAUCAUCACCCGAACCCGAGAGGCCGAGGGUCGCUGACGUGGAACCACCACCAAAACCCGAGAGGCCGAGGGCCGCUGACAUGCAACCACCACCGAAACCCGAGAGGCCGAGGGCCGCUGACGUGCAACCAUCGCCGAAACCCGAGAGGCGGAGGGCCGCUGACGUGCAACCAACACCGAAACCCGAGAGGCCGAGGGCCGCUGACGUGCAACCAUCACCGGAACCCGAGAGGCCGAGGGUCGCUGACGUGGAACCACCACCGAAACCCGAGAGGCCGAGGGCCGCUGACGUGCAACCAUCGCCGAACCCCGAGAGGCGGAGGGCCGCUGACGUGCAACCAACACCCGAGAGGCCUAGGGCCGCUAACGUGCAACCAUCGCCAAAACCCGAGAGGCUGAGGGCCACUGACGUGGAACCAUCAUCACCUGAACCCAAGAGGCGGAGGGUCACUGACGUGGAACCACCACCGAAACCCGAGAGGCCGAGGGCCGCUGACGUGCAACCAUCGCCGAAACACGAGAGGCGGAGGGCCGCUGACAUGCAACCAACACCCGAGAGGCCUAGGGCCGCUGACGUGCAACCAUCACCGAAACCCGAGAGGCCGAGGGCCACUGACGUGCAACCAUCACCGAAACCUGAGAGGCCGAGGGCCGCUGACAUGGAACCAUCCUCACCCGAACCCGAGAGGCCGAGGGCCGCUGACAUGGAACCAUCAUCACCCGAACCCGAGAGGCCGAGGGCCGCUGACGUGCAACCAUCACCGAAACCCGAGAGGCGGAGGGCCACUGACGUGCAACCAUCACCGAAACCCGAGAGGCCGAGGGCCGCUGACAUGGAACCAUCCUCACCCGAACCCGAGAGGCCGAGGGCCGCUGACAUGGAACCAUCAUCACCCGAACCCGAGAGGCCGAGGGCCGCUGACGUGGAACCACCACCGAAACCCGAGAGGCCGAGGGCCACUGACGUGCAACCAUCACCAAACCCCGAGAGGCCGAGGACCGCUGACAUGGAACCAUCAUCACCCGAACCCGAGAGGCCGAGGGCCGCUGACGUGCAACCAUCACCGAAACCCGAGAGGCCGAGGGCCGCUGACGUGCAACCAUCACCGAAACCCGAGAGGCCGAGGGCCGCUGACAUGGAACCAUCAUCACCCGAACCCGAGAGGCCGAGGGCCGCUGACGUGCAACCAACACCGAAACCCGAGAGGCCGAGGGCCGCUGACGUGCAACCAUCACCGAACCCCGAGAGGCCGAGGACCGCUGACAUGGAACCAUCAUCACCCGAACCCGAGAGGCCGAGGGCCGCUGACGUGCAACCAUCACCGAAACCCGAGAGGCCGAGGGCCGCUGACGUGCAACCAUCACCGAAACCCGAGAGGCCGAGGGCCGCUGACAUGGAACCAUCAUCACCCGAACCCGAGAGGCCGAGGGCCGCUGACGUGCAACCAACACCGAAACCCGAGAGGCCGAGGGCCGCUGACGUGCAACCAUCGCCGAAACCCGAGAGGCCUAGGGCCGCUGACGUGCAACCAUCACCGAACCCCGAGAGGCCGAGGGCCGCUGACAUGGAACCAUCAUCACCCGAACCCGAGAGGCCGAGGGCCGCUGACGUGCAACCAUCACCGAACCCCGAGAGGCCGAGGGCCGCUGACAUGGAACCAUCAUCACCCGAACCCAAGAGGCCGAGGGCCGCUGACGUGGAACCACCACCGAAACCCGAGAGGUCGAGGGCCGCUGACGUGCAACCAUCACUGAAACCCGAGAGGCGGAGGGCCACUGACGUGCAACCAUCACUGAACCCCGAGAGGCCGAGGGCCGCUGACCUGGAACCAUCAUCACCCGAACCCGAGAGGCGGAGGGUCGCUGACGUGGAACCACCACCGAAACCCGAGAGGCGGAGGGCCGCUGACAUGCAACCAUCACCGAGAGGCGGAGGGCCGCUGACAUGCAACCAACACCGAAACCCGAGAGGCGGAGGGCCGCUGACGUGCAACCAACACCGAUACCCGAGAGGCGGAGGGCCGCUGACGUGCAACCACCGCCAAAACCCGAGAGGCGGAGGGCCGCUGACGUGGAACCAUCAUCACCCGAACCCAAGAGGCAGAGGGCCGCUGUCGUGGAACCACCACCGAAACCCGAGAGGCGGAGGGUCGCUGACAUGCAACCACCGCCGAAACCCGAGAGGCCGAGGGCCGCUGACGUGCAACCAACACCCGAGAGGCCUACGGCCGCUGACGUGCAACCAUCACCGAAACCCAAGAGGCGAAGGGCCGCUGACGUGCAACCAUCGCCGAAACCCGAGAGGCCGAGGGCCGCUGACAUGCAACCAUCGCCGAAACCCGAGAGGCCGAGGGCCCCUGACGUGCAACCAUCAUCACCCGAACCCAAGAGGCAGAGGGCCGCUGACGUGGAACCACCACCGAAACCCGCGAGGGUCGCUGACGUGCAACCACCGCCGAAACCCGAGAGGCCGAGGGCCGCUGACGUGCAACCAUCGCCGAAACCCGAGAGGCGGAGGGCCGCUGACGUGCAGCCAACACACGAGAGGCCUAGGGCCACUGACGUGCAACCAUCACCGAAACCCAAGAGGCGGAGGGCCGCUGACGUGCAACCAACACCGAAACCCGAGAGGCCGAGGGCCGCUGACGUGCAACCAUCACCGAAACCCGAGAGGCCGAGGGCCGCUGACAUGGAACCAUCAUCACCCGAACCCAAGAGGCGGAGGGUCGCUGACGUGGAACCACCACCGAAACCCGAGAGUCAGAGGGCCGCUGACGUGCAACCAUCACCGAAACCCGAGAGGCCGAGGGCCGCUGACCUGCAACCAUUGCCGAAACCCGAGAGGCCGAGGGCCCCUGACGUGCAACCAUCAUCACCCGAACCCAAGAGGCGGAGUGUCGCUGACGUGGAACCACCACCGAAACCCGAGAGGCCGAGGGCCGCUGACGUGGAACCAUCAUCACCCGAACCCCGAGAGGCGGAGGGUCGCUGACGUGGAACCACCACCAAAACCCGAGAGGCCGAGGGCCGCUGACGUGCAACCAUCGCCGAAACCCGAGAGGCCGAGGGCCGCUGACGUGCAACCAUCGCCGAAACCCGAGGGGCGGAGGGCCGCUGACGUGCAACCAUCGCCGAAACCCGAGAGGCCGAGGGCCGCUGACGUGCAACCACCACCGAAACCCGAGAGGCCGAGGGCCGCUGACGUGCAACCAUCAUCACCCGAACCCAAGAGGCGGAGGGUCGCUGACGUGCAACCAUCACCGAAACCCGAGAGGUGGAGGGCCACUGACGUGCAACCAUCACCGAAACCCGAGAGGCCGAGGGCCGCUGACAUGGAACCAUCCUCACCCGAACCCGAGAGGCCGAGGGCCGCUGACAUGGAACCAUCAUCACCCGAACCCGAGAGGCCGAGGGUCGCUGACGUGGAACCACCACGGAAACCCGAGAGGCCGAGGGCCGCUGACGUGCAACCAUCACCGAAACCCGAGAGGCGGAGGGCCACUGACGUGCAACCAUCACCGAACCCCGAGAGGCCGAGGGCCGCUGACAUGGAACCAUCAUCACCCGAACCCGAGAGGCCGAGGGCCGCUGACGUGCAACCAUCACCGAAACCCGAGAGGCGGAGGGCCGCUGACGUUCAACCAUCACCGAAACCCGAGAGGCCGAGGGCCGCUGACAUGGAACCAUCAUCACCCGAACCCGAGAGGCCGAGGGCCGCUGAUGUGCAACCAACACCGAAACCCGAGAGGCCGAGGGCCGCUGACGUGCAACCAUCGACGAAACCCGAGAGGCCUAGGGCCGCUGACGUGCAACCAUCACCGAAACCCGAGAGGCGGAGGGCCGCUGACGUGCAACCAACACCGAAACCCGAGAGGCGGAGGGCCACUGACGUGCAACCAUCACCGAAACCCGAGAGGCCGAGGGCCGCUGACAUGGAACCAUCAUCACCCGAACCCGAGAGGCCGAGGGCCGCUGACGUGCAACCAUCACCGAAACCCGAGAGGCAGAGGGCCGCUGACGUGCAACCAUCACCGAAACCCGAGAGGCCGAGGGCCGCUGACACGGAACCAUCAUCACCCGAACCCGAGAGGCCGAGGGUCGCUGACGUGGAACCACCACCGAAACCCGAGAGGCCAAGGGCCGCUGACAUGCAACCAACACCGAAACCCGAGAGGCCUAGGGCCGCUGACGUGCAACCAUCACCGAAACCCGAGAGGCGGAGGGCCGCUGACGUGGAACCAUUAUCACCCGAACCCAAGAGGCGGAGGGUCGCUGACGUGGAACCACCACCGAAACCCGAGAGGCGGAGGGCCGCUGACGUGCAACCAUCACCGAGAGGCAGAGGGCCGCUGACGUGCAACCAUCGCCGAAACCCAAGAGGCGGAGGGCCGCUGACGUGCAACCAACACCGAAACCCGAGAGGCCAAGGGCCGCUGACAUGGAACCAUCAUCACCCGAACCCAAGAGGCAGAGGGUCGGUGACGUGGUACCACCACCGAAACCCGAGAGGCGGAGGGUCGCUGACAUGCAACCACCGCCGAAACCCGAGAGGCGGAGGGCCGCUGACGUGCAACCAUCGCCGAAACCCGAGAGGCCGAGGGCCCCUGACUUGCAACCAUCAUCACCCGAACCCAAGAGGCGGAGGGUCGCUGACGUGCAACCACCGUCGAAACCCGAGAGGCGGAGGGCCGCUGACGUGCAACGAACACACGAGAGGCCUAGGGCCACUGACGUGCAACCAUCACCGAAACCCAAGAGGCGGAGGGCUGCUGACGUGCAACCAACACCGAAACCCGAGAGGCCGAGGGCCGCUGACGUGGAACCAUCAUCACCCGAACCCAAGAGGGGGAGGGUCGCUGACGUGGAACCACCACCGAAACCCGAGAAGCCGAGGGCCGCUGAUGUGCAACCAUCAUCACCCGAACCCCGGAAGGCGGAGGGUCGCUGACGUGGAACCACCACCGAAACCCGAGAGGCCGAGGGCCGCUGACGUGCAACCAUCACCGAAACCCGAGAGGUGGAGGGCCGCUGACGUGCAACCAUCACCGAAACCCGAGGGGCCGAGGGCCGCUGACGUGGAACCAUCAUCACCCGAACCCAAGAGGCGGAGGGUCGCUGACGUGGAACCACCACCGAAACCCGAAGGGCCGAGGGCCGCUGACGUGCAACCACCGCCGAAACCCGAGAGGCCGAGGGCCGCUGACGUGCAACCAACACUGAAACCCGAGAGGCCGAGGGCCGCUGACGUGCACCCAUCACCGAGAGGCCGAGGGCCGCUGACGUGCAACCAACACCGAAACCCGAGAGGCGGAGGGCCGCUGACGUGCAACCACCGCCAAAACCCGAGAGGCAGAGGGCCGCUGACGUGGAACCAUCAUCACCCGAACCCAAGAGGCAGAGGGCCGCUGACGUGGAACCACCACCGAAACCCGAGAGGCGGAGGGUCGCUGACAUGCAACCACCGCCGAAACCCGAGAGGCCGAGGGCCGCUGACGUGCAACCACCGUCGAAACCGGAGAGGUGGAGGGCCGCUGACGUGCAACCAUCGCCGAAACCCGAGAGGCGGAGGGCCGCUGACGUGCAACCAUCGCCGAAACCCGAGAGGCGGAGGGCCGCUGACGUGCAGCCAACACACGAGAGGCCUAGGGCCACUGACGUGCAACCAUCACCGAAACCCAAGAGGCGGAGGGCCGCUGACGUGCAACCAACACCGAAACCCGAGAGGCCGAGGGCCGCUGACGUGCAACCAUCACCGAAACCCGAGAGGCCGAGGGCCGCUGACAUGGAACCAUCAUCACCCGAACCCAAGAGGCGGAGGGUCGCUGACGUGGAACCACCACCGAAACCCGAGAGGCAGAGGGCCACUGACAUGCAACCAUCACCGAAACCCGAGAGGCCGAGGGCCGCUGACCUGCAACCAUUGCCGAAACCCGAGAGGCCGAGGGCCCCUGACGUGCAACCAUCAUCACCCGAACCCAAGAGGCGGAGUGUCGCUGACGUGGAACCACCACCGAAACCCGAGAGGCCGAGGGCCGCUGACGUGGAACCAUCAUCACCCGAACCCCGAGAGGCGGAGGGUCGCUGACGUGGAACCACCACCAAAACCCGAGAGGCCGAGGGCCGCUGACGUGCAACCAUCGCCGAAACCCGAGAGGCCGAGAGCCGCUGACGUGCAACCAUCGCUGAAACCCGAGAGGCCGAGGGCCGCUGACGUGCAACCAACUCCGAAACCCGAGAGGCCGAGGGCCGCUGACGUGCAACCAUCGCCGAAACCCGAGAGGCGGAGGGCCGCUGACGUGCAACCAUCACCGAAACCCAAGAGGCCGAGGGCCGCUGACGUGCAACCACCACCGAAACCCGAGAGGCCGAGGGCCGCUGACGUGGAACCAUCAUCACCCGAACCCAAGAGGCGGAGGGUCACUGACGUGGAACCACCACCGAAACCCGAGAGGCCGAGGGCCGCUGACGUGCAACCACCACCGAAACCCGAGAGGCAGAGGGCCACUGACGUGCAACCACCGCCAAAACCCGAGAGGCCGAGGGCCGCUGACGUGCAACCAACACCGAAACCCGAGAGGCCAAGGGCCCCUGACAUGGAACCACCAUGCAAACUCAGGAGGCCGAGGGUCGCUGACGUGGAACCAUCAUCACCCGAACCCAAGAGGCGGAGGGUCGCUGACGUGCAACCACCGCCGAAACCCGAGAGGCCGAGGGCCGCUGACGUGCAACCAACACCGAAACCCGAGAGGCCGAGGGCUGCUGACGUGCAACCAUCACCGAGAGGCGGAGGGCCGCUGACGUGCAACCACCGCCGAAACCCGAGAGGCGGAGGGCCGCUGACGUGCAACCACCGCCGAAACCCGAGGCGCGGAGGGCCGCUGACGUGCAACCACCGCCGAAACCCGAGAGGCGGAGGGCCGCUGAUGUGCAACCACCGCCGAAACCCGAGAGGCCAAGGGCCGCUGACAUGCAACCAUCAUCACCCGAACCCAAGAGGCGGAGUUUGAGUUAGCUUGGAACAGGCUAUUGCACUCAAGCCUGAGCAAUAAGAAUAAAACUGAGUAGAACAAAAUAAAAAAAUCAAAAAACAAAACAAAACCCACACUCCAAAAACAAACUAACAAAGAAUAAAUAAAUAAUAUAAAAAUGAAAUAAA